CUAUUACACGCAGAUAACGCGAUAGAUUUGAUCCGCUCGCCCAACGUGUCGGCGGAACGUCGCGCGGGUAUCGUUCGUUGAAAAAAAAAAAGCAAGCAGGUAUGGAGAGCCAACAGUUCUGUUUACGAUGGCACAAUUUCCAAAAUACACUUUUGAGCUCUCUCCCGAAGCUGCUCGACGGUGGCCAUCUAACAGAUGUCACAUUGAGCGCUGGUGGUAGACAUAUUCAUGCUCACAGAAUCAUAUUAUCAGCUUGUAGUUAUUAUUUUAAGGAACUUUUUAAGGACUUAAACUCUUUGCAACAUCCUGUUAUUGUGCUGCCAGGCAUGGAAUAUGCAAAUUUGUGUGCCCUCGUCACGUUUAUGUAUAAUGGAGAGGUGAAUAUUUACCAAGAACAAUUACCUGCGCUUUUAGCUAUGGCUGAUACAUUACACAUUCGUGGAUUAGCUGAUAUAGCCGGGAAAAACGCGAGACACGACAACGGCCUGUACGUGCAGCCGCCGGUGGCGACGCAGCCCCAAGAGAAGAAAGCCCCGUCGAACGAGAUGAUAAUAAAGAAGGAGUCGAAGGAUAACAAUAUCGCCAGUGUCGAAUCGCCGGCGGAAUCGAUGUCGGCGCCGUUGCUGCCGGAAAUAACGGAUAAUUUAGACGAUGAAUCGAGUAACGAUCGCGACAGUAUACCGUAUUGCGUCAAGACAAAGCCCUAUUACUCUAUAAACGCGAAGCUAAAUCAAAGGGAAAAAGUACCACCUGUCGUUCCUGUUAACGCGUCCGGCGCGAACAAGUAUCUCGAUAAAGCUUACCCGGAGAGCGGAGUGGACGAAACGACCCCGGUGCUCGUAGAAGAUCGAUCGAUCACGCCCGUGGUAGAGGAUGUGAAGCCACCACCAUCACCGGCGGUGUGGGACGCGAAUUUCAAGUUUCUCGCGGCGUCCAGCAGAACCGCUCCUCAGACUUACAAUAAAUCCAGUGUCACCUGUCUUAUCUGUGGCAAACAGUUGAGCAAUCAGUACAACCUGCGGGUACACAUGGAGACUCACAGCAACAGUUCGUAUAGCUGCGCGGCUUGUUCGCACGUGUCGCGGUCCCGAGACGCUCUCAGGAAGCACGUGUCGUACAGGCACCCGGUGACACCUCCGCAGAAACGUACGCGUUACAGUACAUCGAAGCCAUAGAAGUUUCCACUUGUGUUACCAUAGACACACUUUUAACCCCUCGCUAGGAUCUCUGGAUCAAAAAUUUAUCAAUUUUGCGUGAUCACCCAAUUACGGUUAUUCGAAGUGAGAGACGGUGAGAGUGAAAGAAAGAGAGAAAAAGCAAAAUAUUUUAUUAAAUAUAUUGAAUAAACUUCUAGGCACACACAUAUAUGUGUAUUAUGUAUAUAUAAUAUUAAAC